AUGCAUCAGCAAGCUCGCCCUGCCCCGCGGGUCUCCUCCCCCGCUUCCGCCCCCCAGACAAAUCCCGCCCGAACAAACAACCCGAGAGAAGGCAUUCUUGGUGCCCGUGAUAGGGCUGGUUCGGGCGCUUCUGGCCGCGACUCUGCUGCGGCAUCGCCGACCGCUGAGACACCUCCAGGCACAGUGUCUGCCGAUGCCGUCAAAAAGUUGGAUCAGAUAAUCCAGAACUUCCAUACCAAGGCUGCAUCGUUGGUCCUGCAUUCGCGCAUGAAACUCAAGCCCAUAUAUGCAACCCGUGGAUCCGGCAACAAGAAGCUCAACAAAUGGUUCCAAAUCGAGACGGAAGAGUUCGACGACUUCAAGGAGGAGCUCCGGAUCUGGCGAAACUGCGGCAGCUUUGAGAAUAAGCCUAUGCCCCUGAUCAUCGAAACGUACCUCGACACCUCUCGUCUUACCCCGAGCCAGAGUUUGGUCAUCGUCGACGAGAACGGAAAGCGGUGGGACGUGAUGGAAGCGCUCAACUCCUCUGAUUCGAGCGACGACGGGCGCUCAGUGCCCUCCAAGAAGAAUACAGAGGUGAUUUUGGAAAGAUGGCGCAUUGAGCUCAAGACGAUACCCACCACAGAUAUGGACGAUUUUGGCCCGACGCUACCGACGAUUUACAAAAAGAGCAUUGUCUUCUUUCGGUCGCUCUUUGUGGCGACAAGGAUUCUUCCAGGAUGGAAGUUUUCCCAGUCUUCUUUGACCAAAGGCGUCCACCCGUCCUUGGAGCCCCGGUGCCGUAUCCGAACUGGCGAGCCAGACACUGGCGGUCUUGACCGGCUUAGGCAUCCGUUGUACGACGGCCGGCCGGAUGUCGUGACCGACUACGUUUUUGGCGACUUGGAGGUGCCCGUCGGUCGCUUCUAUGCAUCGGUGACGUACAGGAAUGAGUGCAACUUCCGGGUGGAUGAUUCAGAGGCGCUCCUGAGUUCGCGAUUCAUGGGUGUUGACGAGAAUUUCUUUAAGCCAUCACUGCCGCAGCGGCGGGAAAGCACUCGAAGGAACGACCCCGAGGUUGGAUCCCUUCCAUCUCAUCGACGAAGCCGGAAUCUAUCAGACAUUCACCAAACAUACGGCAGCCUCUCAACCUUUCACGGCGACGGUGCUUUGGGUACCAGUCCUAUAUCUGCCCUUAAAGCUGUGAGACCCCCCGGGUCCGACACAAGCUCACCCCCGGAAUCUGUACCAACAGGCAACGAGCUAAAUCCACCAAACUCGUUGCCCGUCACCGGUCUCGCAACGAGACCGUCCAUGAAGGGCUUCAGCACCAGCGGCCGUCGGCCAUCCGUCUCGUUUCAACCUUUCAAGGCUGGGUCUCUAUCUGGGUCACCCAUUCCGCGGACGCUGGAUUCCGAAUCACCCGCUUCCCCGGUCUCACGUGCCGCGGCUCUCAACGCCCUUACUCAACCCCGCAACCGCACUUCUUUGACAGCAGGAAUGCCUGCUUCUCUUCGAGGCGGUCCCCCGCCGGUCGAGGCAGCCGUGAUAGGCUCACCGCGGCCAUCCUCGACCAGCCGCUACAGCAGCAGCUUCACACAUCGCAAGGGACGACUGUCAUUCGGUGGCGCUAGCAAGGCCGGCGAUGACGAACAGGGCAGCAGUGGACGACAGAGCUUAUCUUCGUCUGUGGCCCAGCCGGGAUCUGGCCUUCUGGCUGAAACAGGUGGAGGGGGCAGCUCGGGGUCUCUGCAAACCGACGACGACCAAAUUUCAGAAUUCCUCAAGGCACUGGACAGCAAGAAGACGCUCAAGAGCUUCGAGUCCGGCAAGAAGGGUGAAGGAGCGACGAACCGGACAGUCGCCCAGCUUUCGAGGUUCCACCUCAUGAAGGAGUCAAACAAUGCCCUGACUGACUCCAUGACAUCGUCGAUGCAGAUGCAACGUUCGUCGAGCUCGUCCAGCCGACAGCUCUCCAACGUUCCCAGCAUGGCCGCACCGGCUUCAGUAUCGGUAUCCUCUUCGCCAGGGAAGCCUUUGUCUCCUCAUACCCCUCACACGCCUGCUGUUCCUUCACGCCUGAGCGAGAAUUCGAUCAUCAACUACAACACCAGUCAGCCUCGGAGUGAGCGAACCAACCCGAGUGCGGAAAACACACAGCUCGCCAGGGAAGACACCAUUACUCAGGACGGGACCACUGCUAUUGACAUCCCCAUCUCACCCAGAAUCGGUACUCAUCCUCGACGAUCCAGUUCGGUGGCUCAACAGAACCGGGCCUUAGUGGACGAGGAUGAUGGGGACCUCGCGUUUGCCGCGAAUCGCAGCAUCAGUCUAGGCGCGGAAGACCGCGAACCGCCCACGCUUAGCAUGCUGUUGGGCAGACAAACGGAAAACGAGUCGGCAUCCCGCCGAGCUGGCACCUCACUGCAACCCGCUUCCGAUGUACCGUCCUCGGGCUCGGCAGACAUGAUGAGACAGGGCUCAUCGGAAGGUUCUAAGCCUCCCGGCGGCCUAAUGGCUGUCGCGCCUUCCAGUUCGCCCUUUGGUAGACGGCGGUAUGCCGGUAUGCCCUCGACGGGCGGGCGAGGUCAGACUCCUCCUCAGUCAUCAAGAGGCAGCUUCACAGGCUCCAGCGGUCGCUACGGACGUGGCGAACACGACCUGAUGGACGAGGAGCCCCUUCUCUUUGACAUGUCAGAGAUGGACGCGCAGUCACGGAGGAGCUUGGAAGAGGGGCGAGGCGGUGGCAACGUUGGAUCUGGGUCGGGAAGCCGCGCCGAUUUUGAGCCUCGGGGCAUUAGCCGACGAGGCUGGUGA